AUCGUCUUCAUCCUUUGAUUAUUUCUUCUAUCAACGGGGGAGCCAGUGAGCCAUGUCCGGUGAGGCAGUGAACCCGAAGGCCUACCCUUUGGCUGAUGCCCAGUUGACGACAACAAUUCUGGACAUAGUACAGCAGGCGGCCAACUACAAACAACUGCGGAAGGGUGCAAAUGAAGCUACAAAGACUCUGAACCGUGGGAUCUCAGAGUUUGUUGUCCUGGCAGCUGACGCAGAGCCCCUGGAGAUCCUUCUGCAUCUUCCGCUGCUUGCUGAGGACAAGAACGUGCCAUACGUUUUUGUCCCAUCCAAGGCUGCUCUGGGGCGCGCCUGUGGCGUCGCAAGGCCGGUGAUCUCAUGCUCUGUCACCACCAACGAAGGGAGCCAGCUGAAGGGUCAGAUUCAGACGCUGAAGCUUUCAAUUGAGAAGCUGCUCAUUUGAAGAACUCACGGACGGUGUUGAAAUUGACCUUGGCGCUCUGGCAUAGAAAUGGAGUUGCAGUGUACUUUUACCUGACCCCCACGAUACUGGUAACUGCUGUAAUGGCAUUUGCAAUUUUGAGCUUUGACUGCCAGUGAUGGAUUGUGUGGCACAACCAAGUUGACGGGCCAUGGCCUGCAGUGCUGUGAAACGGAUGGAGUGGCAUGGAUGGCAUGCAUACAGAACCAUUUAAUGAAUGAAGUUCAC